UUACUGUUCAUUGCUUAAAAGUAUUUGAAAAUAAAUUAAGAAGAAAGAUGAGCAAAGCAGAGGGAGAAAUGGAAAUGAAGGUAGAUUUGUGAAUGUUAUAACCAUAAAGUUUCAGAUCGAGAAUUGGAAGAAAAUGCUUCGACUGAGGGCAUUUAGGCCCAGCAAUGAGAAGAUAGUGAAGAUUCAGUUGCAUCCAACGCAUCCAUGGCUUGUCACUGCCGACGCUUCAGAUCGCGUUUCCGUUUGGAAUUGGGAGCAUCGUCAGGUAAUUUACGAGCUGAAAGCUGGUGGCGUUGAUGAGAGGCGUUUAGUUGGUGCUAAAUUGGAGAAGCUCGCUGAGGGUGAAUCAGACAUUAAAGGGAAACCCACAGAAGCAAUGAGGGGAGGGAGUGUGAAGCAGGUGAGCUUUUAUGAUGAUGAUGUACGGUUUUGGCAACUUUGGCGGAGUCGCUCUGCGGCUGCUGAAGCUCCCUCUGCUGUCAACAAUGUAACUUCCACUUUUGCUUCUCCUGCCCCAUCUACUAAAGGAAGGCACUUCCUCGUCAUUUGUUGUGAAAACAAAGCUAUUUUUCUCGACUUGGUUACUAUGCGUGGUCGUGAUGUGCUUAAGCAAGAACUUGAUAACAAGUCACUUUUAUGUAUGGAGUUUCUCUGUCGAUCCACUGCUGGGGAUGGCCCUUUAGUUGCAUUUGGUGGAUCAGAUGGUGUCAUCAGAGUUCUUUCAAUGAUAACAUGGAGGCUUGUGCGUAGAUAUACUGGAGGUCAUAAAGGAUCCAUAUCUUGUUUGAUGACUUUUAUGGCAUCCUCUGGUGAGGCACUUCUUAUCUCGGGUGGUAGUGAUGGCUUACUUGUACUUUGGAGUGCUGACCAUGGUCAAGAUUCACGAGAACUUGUACCUAAGCUAAGCUUAAAGGCACAUGAUGGUGGGGUCGUGGCUGUUGAGCUUUCCAGAGUGAUAGGAGGUGCUCCACAACUUAUCACCAUUGGUGCAGAUAAGACAUUAGCUAUAUGGGAUACAAUCUCUUUUAAGGAGUUACGGCGAAUAAAACCUGUUCCAAAACUAACUUGUCACAGUGUAGCAUCGUGGUGUCACCCUCGCGCUCCAAACCUUGAUAUUUUAACUUGUGUUAAGGAUUCACAUAUAUGGGCUAUUGAACACCCCACCUAUUCAGCCCUCACGAGGCCGUUGUGUGAGCUUUCGUCGCUAAUCCCUCCUCAAGUUCUUGCACCAAAUAAAAAACUUAGGGUUUAUUGCAUGGUUGCACAUUUUUUACAACCCCAUCUUGUUGUUACUGGAACCAACAUUGGUGUGAUAGUUAGCGAGUUUGAUCCUAGAUCUCUUCCAGCUGUAGCUGCUCUACCAACACCAUCAGGAAAUAGGGACCAUUCUGCUGUGUAUGUUGUUGAAAGGGAAUUAAAGCUACUAAAUUUUCAAUUGUCCAACACAGCAAAUCCCUCUCUCGGAAGCAAUGGCUCCCUAUCUGAAACAGGAAAGUUCAAGGGAGAUUCUGCUGAAUCAUUGCAUGUGAAGCAAAUUAAGAGGCAUAUUAGUACUCCUGUUCCACAUGAUUCAUAUUCAGUUCUUUCAGUAAGCAGUUCGGGCAAAUAUGUCGCAAUUGUUUGGCCUGAUAUUCCUUACUUCUCCAUAUACAAGGUUAGUGAUUGGUCAAUUGUAGAUUCAGGCAGUGCAAGGCUUCUGGCUUGGGAUACAUGUCGUGAUAGAUUUGCUAUAUUGGAAUCUGCAUUAGCUCCCAGAAUUCCUGUGAUUCCCAAGGGAGUUUCAUCAAGGAAAGCAAAAGAAGCAGCAGCAGCUGCAGCACAAGCAGCUGCUGCAGCUGCUAGUGCUGCUUCUGCAGCUAGUGUGCAAGUUCGCAUCUUGCUGGAUGAUGGUACAUCAAAUAUACUUAUGAGAUCCAUAGGAAGUCGAUCUGAACCGGUUAUUGGCUUGCAUGGAGGGGCACUACUAGGUGUGGCAUACAGAACAUCUAGGAGGAUUAGCCCUACUGCUGCAACAGCUAUAUCUACUAUUCAAUCUAUGCCUUUGUCAGGAUUUGGUGGUAGUGGCGUUUCUUCAUUUAGUACUUUCGAAGAUGGAUUUUCUUCUCAAAGACCCACUGAAGACACCCCUCAAAAUUUUCAGCUGUAUAGUUGGGAAACUUUUGAACCUGUUGGUGGUCUACUUCCUCAGCCAGAAUGGACUGCAUGGGAUCAAACUGUUGAAUAUUGUGCUUUUGCCUAUCAACAGUAUAUAGUCAUAUCUUCUUUGCGUCCUCAAUAUCGAUACCUGGGAGAUGUUGCAAUUCCCUAUGCUACUGGUGCUGUUUGGCACCGAAGGCAGCUUUUUGUGGCUACCCCAACUACCAUUGAGUGUGUUUUUGUAGAUGCUGGAGUUGCAGCGAUUGAUAUUGAAACAAGGAAGAUGAAAGAAGAGAUGAAAAUGAAAGAACAACAGGCGAGAGCAAUAGCUGAACAUGGAGAGUUAGCUCUGAUCACAGUAGAAGGUUCUCAAAGUGCUUCACAAGAAAGAAUAAAAUUAAGGCCACCUAUGCUACAGGUGGUUCGUUUAGCUUCUUUUCAGCAUGUUCCUGCUGUGCCACCUUUUUUAACUUUGCCAAAGCAGACAAAAGCUGAUGAUGGUGACUCAGCAUUGCCAAAAGAGAUAGAGCGAACCAGUGAGAUUGCAGUUGGUGGUGGAGGGGUGUCUGUGGCUGUUACUCGUUUUCCGACAGAGCAGAAGCGACCUGUUGGACCUCUACAAGUGGUGGGUGUAAGGGAUGGAGUUCUCUGGCUUAUUGAUAGGUAUAUGUGCGCACAUGCCUUAUCCCUAAAUCAUCCCGGUAUUCGUUGUCGGUGUCUUGCUGCAUAUGGAGAUGCUGUUAGUGCAGUUAAAUGGGCAAGUAGGCUUGGUAGAGAACAUCAUGAUGAUUUGGCACAAUUUAUGCUAGGGAUGGGCUAUGCUACCGAAGCCCUUCAUUUGCCUGGAAUAUCUAAGAGGUUGGAAUUUGAUCUAGCCAUGCAGAGCAAUGAUUUAAAAAGAGCACUUCAGUGUCUUCUUACAAUGAGCAAUAGCAGGGACAUAGGGCAAGAUGGCACUGGACUUGGAUUGACUGACAUUCUCAACUUAACGGCAAAGAAGGAAAAUAUUGUCGAAGCUGUUGAAGGAGUUGUAAAGUUUGCAAAAGAGUUUCUGGAGCUCAUUGAUGCUGCAGAUGCCACUGCACAGGUUGACAUUGCUCGUGAAGCUCUAAAGAGGUUAGCUGCUGCAGGUUCUGUGAAGGGAGCUUUACAGGGUCAUGAGUUAAGAGGACUUGCUUUACGCCUUGCAAAUCAUGGGGAGUUGACAAGGCUAAGUAAUUUAGUGAACAAUUUGAUUUCAAUUGGUUUGGGACGUGAAGCUGCAUUUUCAGCUGCUGUUUUGGGAGACAAUGCUCUCAUGGAAAAAGCCUGGCAGGAUACUGGAAUGCUGGCUGAGUCUGUACUUCAUGCCCAAGCUCAUGGGCGACCAACACUUAAGAACUUGGUUCAGGCUUGGAACAAAAUGCUACAGAAAGAGGUUGAUCACAGUCCAUCAACAAAGACAGAUGCUGCAACUGCAUUUCUUGCUUCUCUGGAGGAGCCUAAGUUUACAAGUUUGGCAGAAGCAGGGAAAAAACCAGCAAUUGAAAUUCUUCCUCCAGGGAUGCCAUCACUUUCUGCGUUUAUUACUCCCCAGAAAAAACCCAUUCCUGUCACACAAACUGCACAGCAGCAACCACCUAGCAAGCAGUUGCAAUUAGAGGGACCACCCCCUGCUUCUUCUGAACCAUCUGCUCCCACCAACGCUACUACAACCGCACCAGAAAAUACGACGACACCAGAUUUAGGAAGUGCUCCACCCCCAUCUGAAGCAAGUGAACCCAAUGGUUCUGUUGAUGAUAAAGCUCCUAUCUCAUCCUCAGUGAAUAAUUCAGAUCCAGAUGCUUCUCGAGAUAAUGUCCCGCCAAUGUCAGCAGAGAUACCCCCUAAAAUGCCAGAAAACCCCGGAACAAGUCUUCCAACUACCAUGCCCAUUACUGAUGAUCUGAUUUGAAAUUUUUGUUCGGGACCUACUAGAUAACAGAGCACUGGAAAUUCUCACUUCCAGGGAAUUUUGAUUAUGUAUCAUCAGUGUGUAUAUGAACAUGAUAAUACGAUAGAGCGACAGAUUAGGUUGAUAACAAUUUGAAUCUGUGAUUGUACAUUUCGGUGGAGCUGCCUUUUGUAUACUAGCAUUUGUUAUUUUUAUUGAGUUGCUUCAAGGUUUCAACCAUGAAGGCGGAUUAUUGCUUUAA